AUGUUAUCAAUCAACCUUAAUGUGCUACAAUUCCCAACAGAAUUGGAAACACAAGGGAUAUUCAUUCAUGAUCAUGUUAAGAACCUUAAAGAGACAAAAGUAAAUAAUUUCUCAAAUGAAUCUUCUACCAUAGGAAAUGAUUGUCAGAUAAGGUUUCAUAGAAUAUUUCGAGUUGAAGCUUUUGUGAUGAGUUUUCAUUCAAAUUUCUUGUCUCUGAAUAAACAACAAAUAGAUUACCCAACAUAUGCCCUAGUGAAACAUCAGCAACCUCUUAAAAUAUUUUCAUAG